ACACCGGCUGCCUGCUGGUGGUGCCAGCUUGGGGGCAGACAGACGGCACCCUUCCGCUCCCUGCUGGACCCUGUCACUAUGCCUAUCAGGCGGGCUGCUGCCCAGAGUCAAUGAUGGGUUGGGGGAGGAGCUCCAGAUGGCCCCAGCUCCCUUUAGGAAGCCCAUGUUCUUUCCCUUUGAGCUGUCUGGGGUCUGGGAUAUUUGGGGGUGGUGGGACUGCUGCCUCAAGCUGAUGGGGAGGGAACUUCAGCAGCUCCUCUGCUAGCUUCUCUCAGGUCUGGGCUAUCAUCCUCUUAAACACCUACUCCCCUCAGAAAUUUCCCACCAGUGAGGACACUGCCACCAGCCAGACACCCCAAGAGAAGACACCUUGUGCCCCUCUGUCUUACUUCCCCUACUGUGUGCACCCUUUGCAAUCUGGCUCCUGGAGAACUGUAGAAUCUGCCUACACCUCCCCUUCUUCACUGCCACUCUCCUCAGACCACCAAGCACCCCUCCCCAGAUACUCAACAGUCCCCAUACUGCUCUGGCCUGAGUAUGACAAAGUGAUCAGUACUUGUAACUCUACAAACAGACUGGCCUUGGACAGGAUACUUAAUUUCUGUCUUAGCUUCCUCAUCUGCAAAACAAAUGAAUAUAAUAUUAGCACUUAAGUCAUUAGGUUGUUGCAAGCAGUCAGUGAGCUAAUAAGUAAAGCUCAAGGAUGGAAGUCUUGUUUAGCCAGCCUGUGCCCCACCCCCAAGACCUCAGCCUGACUACCCUACUUUGCCACAAAUGACUCCCCUUACUCUUGUGUUCAAACCCAAACACCUGGGUCUGGCCUCACAGGAGACCCAAAUCCAGCUCUGCUGAUCUCUUCAGCCCCAUCUUGCACGAUUCCCUCCUUUCUUCCCACUCUCCUCACACUUUCACCCCAGCAUCUGAAAUGCAGCUUCUUGAAUGUUCUUUCAACCCUGUGCCUUUGUACCUGCUAUUCCUGCUGCUUGGACUGCUUUUCUCUCAUUUGUUCACCAAACGCCUACUUAGAGUUAACCUGAAUCCCCAUCACUCCCGCAGGGGGUCUUCCUAUACCCCAGGGCCCCAUCACUUCUCCCCCCAAAGCUUGGGCUCCUCCCAAGCAGGGGCUGUGUCCCAGGCCUCUGGGAUUUUAGUGCUCAGCACAAGGCCCUGUAAAAAGAGGCCAUGUCUUGGGAUAUUUGAGAAGAGGCUGUAGUGAACACCACCAAAUUGGGUGUCAGGACACUAGGAGUCCAUUCCAGACUGUUGCAUGACCAGGCCCUGCCCCUACCUGGGCUUCAAUUUCUCUAUUUUGCAAUAACCUCUAUAUGGCCCCGUCCCUGCAUACAAAUUCCAAUCCCAGGGAAGGAUGGGUGUGGGAGGCCAUCAGUUGCUGCCCUACCCUUGACGGGCACACGCCCCUCCUCCAGAUCAUAGCCUUUGACGAGCUGCGGACCGACUUCAAGAACCCCAUCGACCAGGGGAACCCAGCGCGGGCACGCGAGCGUUUAAAAAACAUCGAACGCAUCUGCUGCCUCCUGAGGAAGCUGGUGGUCCCAGAAUACUCCAUCCAUGGCCUCUUCUGUCUGAUGUUUCUGUGUGCAGCAGAGUGGGUGACCCUGGGCCUCAACAUCCCCCUCCUCUUCUACCACCUCUGGAGGUAUUUCCACCGUCCUGCGGAUGGCUCUGAAGUCAUGUAUGAUGCGGUCUCCAUCAUGAAUGCUGACAUCCUUAACUACUGCCAGAAGGAGUCCUGGUGCAAACUCGCCUUCUACCUGCUCUCCUUCUUCUAUUACCUGUACAGUAUGGUUUAUACGCUGGUGAGUUUCUAAGGGGGAAGCCGGCCAGGGAGCGAGCCCAGAAUGGACCGGACGCCUGUGCACCCCCAGCCCUGCCUCUUGGCUGCAGAGGCCUCAGCCCUGGGGAGGGAGGGGGCACUGGUGCCCCCAGCCUCUCCACUCCCCAAACUGCUGCUGCGGGGACCCCCGCCUUCAGAGCCCUCCCCCUUGGACUAGGGCCAGGCAGAGCUCUAAACAGGGGCAGGGGCUCCUCUGCCAGCCUGUAGUCAGGCAUGGCAGUCAGUCCUGGAAGGGGUGGGACUUCUGGCCUGGUCCAUUUCGGGGAAAACUUGGGCCCUGCCACCAGGUAGAGCUUGACCCUGGAAAUUCUGGGCCGCCCCCCUCCACCCUUACCCUGAGGCUCCCCCUACAGGUGGGGGCACCCGCACCGGGAAUGAGCAGGCUCAGCAGGGGGGCAGCCCAUUCCUACUCUGCCCUCCCCCAUCCCCAGGCUCCCUCUCCAGCCCUGUCUCCACUUGCCCUGACCCCAGCCCACCCUGUCUCUUGAACCUAUUUUCUAUGUUGCCUGGAGGAGUCCGGCACCCCCUCCCCGGCCAUUUGUGACAAACUAUGAAUAAACUACUGCAAACA